AAUUUGUGAUAUCGCUACUCGAAAGAAAAAUACGACCCUAUAAAUCCAGAAUAUAACAUAUUACAUAGUUACCUAUCUAUUAUGCACUUUAUUUCUUUCUUCAGAUUUUACAUUAAUCUUCUGCAUAUUUAUGUUUCUCCUCUAAAAACAAAGCUCCGUUAUUCUAAUUGAACGAAAUCUCUCUCGAGUUACCGGUCGGUGGGGUAGUGUUAGCGACAGGUGAGUGAGAGGCAGUGACGCAUCAUCAUGGACCCUUCAAUAAUGAAGCUUCUCGAAGAAGACGAGGAUGAAAGUCUGCAUUCCGGUGCUGAUGUGGACGCCUUUCAGGCUGCAUUGAAUCGGGAUAUUGGAGGAGAUGCCUCCAGUUCUCAUCCCUCUGAUUCGGCUACAGUUGUUUCCGGUCAAAACAAUCAAACUACUACUCCGCCGUACCCAAAUUGGCAAAAUACUGCAAAAGAUGAAAAUAAGAAAGUUUCAGAUCAGCAACAACAACAGCAAGAUCAUCACUCCUCGGUAACAGAACUGAAGCAGCAGGACUCUGUUAAUGAGAAUCAGCAACUGCGGAAUGAUGCCAAUCGGGAAUCCAGUUACCUCCCUUUACAACAGAAACAACCUCAAGAUAACGUUCAACAAAGUCGUGCAGAACAAGUUCCCCUCCAGACUCCUCAAACAAUUGGUAUGCAGGUAUCUGAAAGAAUGCCUAUGCCAAAACAUGAGGCUGACAAAAUGCAAAUUUCAGAUGCUGGGAUGGUACAGAAAAUUGGUAAUCAACAGACUACGGGCAUGGAGCAGCCUGGUUCUCUAAAGAAUCAAGGCAAGCAGAUACCAUUUGCAUUAUUGCUGCCUGCCUUAAAGCCCCAUCUUGAUAAAGAUAGAGAGAUGCAGCUUCAAACUUUGUUUAACAAACUGAGGAAAAAUGACAUUGUGAAAGACCAAUUUGUCAGGCUCAUGAGAAGCAUUGUAGGAGACCAAGUGCUUAGACUGGCAGUGGCACAAUUACAAUCUCAGCCAGGUUCUAACCAAUCCCAGUCCCAAUCUCAAGCUUUUGCACGUCAACACAAUGUGAGAAUGCCUGGAAGUGCUCCUACCUCUUCAGCAGUCCAUAUGCAGGGUGAUUCUAGUUAUCAAUCUGCAGAAAGUAAUACUCAGAAACCUCGAGAAGGGGAACAUCAGCCAGACUCUCAUGGAUUGCAAGUAAGCCAAUUGUCUUCCUCCAGUGCUAACAUACUUGGUCAAGAUAGGGAGCGCACUUCAGCAUCAGUGACAGGCCACAGUAAACAGCAUCACCAGCAGCAACAACAUUUGCACUUCCCACAGAACUCCUUUCCAAUGUAUGGUGGUAAUAGCGGAGGUACUUAUCACACAUAUUCUGGAACAAACAUUAAUACGUCCGGAUCAUCCAUGAAACCACAACCUCACGAUUUACAAAUGCGGCAAAUGUCGCAUCCUACCUCGGGUUCAACUCAAAUAGGAGGUUCAACACAAGCAAUGAACAUGAUGAAUAUGCGACCUAAUUCUGUUACUGAAAAUAGAGUGCAGAGUGGUUCCAUGUCGCAGUUUACAAACAAAUCAGCGAUGCAGCCACUUCUAGUGCCACAUCAACUACCUACAAACAAGGAGCAAGGCUCUGUGCCAUUUCAAUCAAUAAAUUACGUGAAACAAGAACCUACUGAACAGUCCACCGAUCAUCAGCAGAAACCCUUGCUGUCUAAUCCUCAUGGUUUGUCUGUUGUACCUGCUGAGCAAGGAAAUGUGGUGAUAGGAAAUUUAAAGAAUGAGCCUUUAGAGAAGCAGUCUUCUAAAGUUGGUUUUCCUACACCAAGUAGUAUGGGGCCCUCAAAUUCAGUUUCCCCUUCCAUUCCGACCCAAAUGGACCCUAACAUCCAAGUAGGCUCUCGACUUCCAGCAGUAGCUGGUACCACAGGAGUUAAUUCAAGAACUCCUAUAAAAAAACCUAUAAUUGGCCAGAAGAAGCCAUUUGAAGCACUUAGUUCCUCACCACCGAUGUCAGGGAAAAAGCAAAAAGUAUCUGGGGAAUUUCAGGAUCAAAGCAUUGAACAACUGAAUGACGUCACUGCUGUCAGUGGAGUUAAUCUAAGGGAAGAAGAAGAGCAACUAUUUUCUGUGCCUAAGGAAGACAGUCGAGUUUCAGAAGCAUCUCGGAGGGUUGUCCAAGAAGAAGAAGAAAGGCUGAUUUUGCAGAAAACUCCAUUGAAGAAGAAAUUGGCUGAGAUCAUGGCCAAAUGUGGUUUGAAGAAUAUCAACAGUGAUGUGGAGCGAUGCCUCUCCUUGUGUGUGGAGGAAAGAAUGCGUGGGUUAAUUGGUACCUUGAUUAGGGUAUCAAAGCAGCGAGUUGAUGCUGAGAAGCUUAGACAUCGGACUGUAAUUACCUCAGAUGUCGGGCAACAGAUCAGGACAAUGAACCGGCAAGCGAAGGAAGAAUGGGAAAAAAAGCAAACUGAAGCAGAAAAGCUCCAAAAAGUUAAUGAGCCUGAAGGCGAUAAUGGAGUAGAGGGGGACAAGGAGAAAGAUGAAGGUCGUGCCAAAUUAGUCAAGGUAAACAAGGAAGAGGAUGACAAAAUGAGGACAACAGCUGCAAAUGUUGCUGCUCGGGCUGCAGUUGGUGGAGAUGACAUGCUGUCAAAAUGGCAACUCAUGGCUGAGCAAGCCCGCCAGAAACGUGGAGGCGGGACAGAGGCCACAUCUGGUUCUCCGUCAACUAAACAUGGUGGCCGCAAACCUCUAUCAGCAAGUGGAAAAACGAUAAAGGAUGUUCAUGAUUUUGAAAAGAGGAGUGCUUCAGCUGCAUCAAGAGGGGGAAGGAAAUUUGGAAGAAACCAAGCAAGUGUGUCGCAAAUUGCAGUGGCUCGUUCCAUUUCGGUUAAGGAUGUAAUCGCAGCACUGGAAAGAGAACCCCAGAUGUCGAAGUCUACGCUGAUUUAUCGACUCUAUGAGAGAAUCCGGUCUGAUGCUCCGGCAGAAUAGACCGUCUCCCCCUCAAUCUACCAUGGCCAGAGAUCGGAGCUUCCUAGGUUACUGCGGGGAAUAAAAGCACUGGACCGAGUGAUGGGUCCUGACCGGAAAUUGUUGUUUGAUUCAAACUCAUUUCAUGUAACUUAUAUAAAUGCAAGUGUUUAUAGUGUGAAGGCCAUCUCUUGAUAAGGUUAAUUUGCUACUCUUAGUUGGGAUUUGGCCUUUUAUUUAUAUAAAAAGGAUAACUUUCUUAUAAA